AUGGACUCUACUCCGACGCCUCCAAGACGCCAGUCAGACAGGCGCAGCACGCCUAGGCACCACAACCCAGAUGAGGGGUACAGCAGCCCCCCAGAUGGGUCUAAGUUGGCAGGAAAAUUCGCACUCGCACGUCAAGGUGGGACCGCCACCACCCCCUUCUCCGUAGCAGACUCCAGCCCGUCUCCUGGCGACGCAGCUGGAGGCGGUGGUGGUACGCCCGAGCCGGAGGGUGGAUCAGCAGUCAACAAGGGUGGGCAGCGUGCCGGGGGCAAGGCGAAGAAGAAGCCUAACGACAAAGGUUCCACUCGUCUCUGUUGGACACCUGCGGAAAAGGUCGUACUCUGGAAGGCGAUCCAGAAACGCAAUCCUUUCGCAGAGAGUGAGCAGAAGCUGGUGAGAAAACAUUGGCGUAGGGUAGCCGCUUCCGUGGUCGAGGACCAGGACGUGGAGAUCUACAGGAACGAAGGAGGCAGGGAGACCCCUCGUGUGUUGCACUGACGUUCUCCUUGUGGGUCGUGCGGUGAGGGUUAGCAUCAUUUUGAACCUCCUAGUAGUGCGAGGCAGUGGUCCCACGAUAAUAUUUCGCACAUGACAUGCUCGCGUUUGGCGUAGAACGUGUUUCGUCUAUGCCGGAACAAGGUGCCACACUUUCAUUGUACGUUCACGUCUGCUGUGAGUUUAUGGAGACGGGGUGGAGAGAUUCCAGGCUCCCGCCACGUUCUGACUGCUAAUUCUGGCGCAAGAUGAAAUACUGCCACACUAUGCAUGAGGUAGUUACGCCCAUUACCAUUGUAUGCAUAGCGCUGACGUGACCCCUAGGUAUAGGAGCCAGGUGUUACUUACAUAACAGAUACCCGCACGCUUCACAUUUUCAAUAGUCACAAACACCCGAACACGGUUACCGACUGCUAUUCUUAUGGAACGCACGAGCACAUCAGUAGGUUCCGAUGUAUGGCGUCGCCGUGAGUUGCACGCGACUCGAGUGAAUGUAUCGGCUCUGACGAUAAUACUACUGUUGUAGUCUCGAGCAAAAUCGCAAAGGUUACACAGUGUCUUUGCCCCUCCCCCCCCUCCUUCGCCCCCCCCCGGUGUUGCCAUGGGGGUCGGGUUUUCGUCGCUUGGCAACGACGUUGUAAAACAAGCCCCCCCCUCGGUAUUCCCCCUAGACUUCAGUGGGUUGGCGCUGUUGGCAAUGCGCUGUAAAACACGCCACCCCAAAUAUAGCCCCAUAGUAUGCGCUACCAAAGACGCGUGACGCAUGGAUGCGUGGAGUGAGGAUUGCUUACGAAAACCUCACAGGUUGAGUAAUGUAGGAGAUUGCCGGACACAUAGACGUGUUGAGUGAUUAUAGCUGUAUACUGAAACCCCACGGAAAGGGGAGGUUUGAGAUUGCCAGACACAUAGACGGGUUGCGUGGGGAUAGCUGCUGGAACCCCACGGGUUGAGUGAUGUUGGAGUGCCGGACACAUAGACGCGUUGAAAGAGGAUAGACACAUAUUGAACCUCACAGGUUGUUUGUAUUGGAGAUUGCGAGACACCUAGACGU